CUCCUUUUGACGACAUCUCAUCUCCUGCUCUCCUCUUCUCAGAGAGUUGACAACCUUUCCCACUGCAAACAUGAUGAUGAGGAAGUCAUACUCAGUCUCAGGCUCGGGUGGCUCCACCAGGAGGUCGCUUGCCCCAGUCAACUACUCCGUACAAAGAGCCACUUACAGUUCUGGUGGUGGUUCUGGCUUUGGUUCUGGCUUUGGUUCUGGUGCUGGCUAUGGAGGUGGUUUCACAUCUGGAAGCAUGAGUGGCUAUGGUUUAUCUUCUAGCCAAGCAGGAGGCGCCUUCAUCCCUCCACCCAUCACAGCUGUCACAGUCAACCAGAGCCUGCUGGCCCCUCUGAGCCUGGAGAUUGACCCCACCAUCCAGGCUGUCCGCACCCAGGAGAAGGAGCAGAUCAAGACCCUCAACAACCGCUUCGCCUCCUUCAUUGACAAGGUCCGUUUCCUUGAGCAGCAGAACAAGAUGCUGGAGACCAAAUGGAGCCUCCUACAGGACCAGACCACCACCCGCUCCAACAUUGAUGCAAUGUUCGAGGCCUACAUUGCCAACCUGCGCAGACAGCUCGACGGGCUGGGCAGUGAGAAGGUCAAGCUGGAGGGAGAACUGAGAAACAUGCAGGGCCUGGUUGAGGACUUCAGGAAGAAGUAUGAAGAUGAAGUCCUCAAACGUGGAGCUGCAGAAAAUGAGUUUGUGCUCCUGAAGAAGGACGUUGAUGCUGCCUACAUAAACAAGGUGGAGCUGGAAGCCAGGGUGGAUGCUCUUCAGGAUGAGAUCAACUUCCUCAGAGCCGUCUAUGAGGCUGAGCUUCGUGAGCUGCAGAGCCAGAUCAAGGACACCUCCGUCAUUGUGGAGAUGGACAACAGCCGUAACCUGGACAUGGAUGCUAUCGUGGCUGAAGUGCGUGCUCAGUAUGAGGACAUUGCCAACCGCAGCAGGGCUGAAGCCGAGAGCUGGUACAAACAGAAGUACGAGGAGAUGCAGACCUCUGCCGGACAGUAUGGAGAUGACCUGCGCACAACCAAAGCUGAGAUUGCUGAGCUGAACCGCAUGAUCGCCCGUAUUCAGAAUGAGAUUGAGGCUGUCAAGGGACAGAGGGUCAGCCUUGAGGCUCAGAUCGCAGAGGCUGAGGAGCGCGGUGAGCUGGCAGUGAAGGAUGCCAGGCUCCGCAUCAAGGACCUGGAGGAUGCUCUGCAGAGAGCCAAGCAGGACAUGGCUCGCCAGGUGCGUGAAUACCAGGAGCUGAUGAAUGUCAAGCUGGCCCUGGACAUCGAAAUCGCCACCUACAAGAAACUGCUGGAAGGAGAGGAGUCCAGACUGGCCAGCGGAGGCUCCAACGCAACCAUCCAUGUGCAGCAGACCAGUGGAGGUGGACUCCAGAGCUCCAGUGGUGGAUUCGGCUAUGGGGGCAGCUUGUCUGGUGGUUAUGGCGGUCUGAGCGGUGGUACUAUUACCAAGUCCACAGUCUCAACAUCCAGUUCCAUGAGACGCUAUUAAAAAGGAGAGCCAUAUAUUUUUUUCCCUUCAGAAACUCUUGAUUUUAAUCUAAAUUAGUAUCCAUUCAUGAUGCAUUUCUUACUCUGCUGUUUGACAUCACUUAACAAGAGUUUGUGAAGGUAAACCUGACCUCAAGGAAACACGAUCAAAUGUUGAAACCAGAUUUGUUUAGUUAAAGCCUUCUUAGCAACAUGACUGAUGAAUGUUAAAGCAAAUCACAUCAGAUGAAUCUGAAUAAAAUAAAUCUGAGAACUAAAA